UGCGCCCGGGAACCCGGCCUGCGCGGCGGCGCCAGCGAGGAACCAGGCCCCGAGCGCCGGAGCCGGCCUUCUGGGGAGGGGCGGGAGGCGCGCGCGCGCGAGGGCCCGCCCGGCCAGGGCCCCGGGCGCACCCAAAGGCCCCGGCCGCGCUCCCAGCUCGCCCCAAGCCCAUGCCCGGCGGCUGGCCCGUGCUGCGGCUGGAGGGGGGGCCCGGCUCUGCAUGGCCCCGGCUGCUGACAUGACUUCUUUGCCACUCGGUGUCAAAGUGGAGGACUCCGCCUUCGGCAAGCCGGCGGGGGGAGGCGGGAGCCAGGCCCCCAGCGCCACCGCGGCCACGGCGGCCGCCAUGGGCGCAGACGAGGAGGGGGCCAAGCCCAAAGUGUCCCCUUCACUCCUGCCCUUCAGCGUGGAGGCGCUCAUGGCCGACCACAGGAAGCCCGGGGCCAAGGAGAGCGCCCUGGUGGCCUCCGAGGGCGCACAGGCGGCGGGCGGCUCCGCGCAGCCCCUGGGCGCCCGGCCGGGGUCUCUGGGAGCCCCGGACGCGCCGUCUUCGCCGCGGCCGCUGGGCCAUUUCUCGGUGGGAGGACUUCUCAAGCUGCCGGAAGAUGCGCUCGUCAAAGCCGAGAGCCCCGAGAAGCCCGAGAGGACCCCGUGGAUGCAGAACCCCCGCUUCUCCCCGCCCCCGGCCAGGCGGCUGAGCCCCCCGGCCUGCACCCUGCGCAAGCACAAGACCAACCGCAAGCCGAGGACGCCCUUCACCACCGCGCAGCUGCUGGCGCUUGAGCGCAAGUUCCGCCAGAAGCAGUACCUGUCCAUCGCCGAGCGCGCCGAGUUCUCCAGCUCGCUCAGCCUCACCGAGACGCAGGUGAAGAUCUGGUUCCAGAACCGCCGCGCCAAGGCCAAGAGACUGCAGGAGGCCGAGCUGGAAAAGCUGAAGAUGGCCGCCAAGCCCAUGCUGCCACCCGCGGCCUUCGGGCUCUCCUUCCCGCUAGGCGGCCCAGCGGCGGUAGCGGCCGCGGCGGGCGCCUCGCUCUACGGUGCCUCUGGCCCCUUCCAGCGCGCCGCGCUGCCGGUAGCGCCCGUGGGACUCUACACAGCCCAUGUGGGCUACAGCAUGUACCACCUGACAUAGAGGGUCCCAGGGUCCCCUACCUGCGGUUCCAGCCGGUUCCUCCAGCCCCUGUCUUCUGCAAAGCAGCAGGAGCCCCCCACCCCCACCCCACCCAGCGAGCUCCCCUUCCACCCCCCACACUGCUCUGGUGUAUCCUCGGCCGCUCCCUGCGUUCACUCACCGAAGUCAGAUCCCCUCCCCCAAAGUGGCUGGAAGGGUCCCUUAACACUCUUCUAGAAUCUAGACCUAUCCUUUGUGUUACAGAUGGAUAAACUGGGGUUAGAGAAGUUAAAUUUCCCAAGGGGCCUCAGCAGAGUUAGCUGUUGGACGCGCACCAGGGGCUGCGUCCUGUAUCCCUGCCUCCUGCCCUGAUACCCCGCGCGAAAAGCACAGGAAAAAUACUCCUCCCGCCUGAAGAUUUUGGAAAUGAGAACAGUUGGAGAGAAAGAGAACAUGCCAGGGGAGAUGGGCCUCCCCACCGCCCCGCCAGCCCCCAGGUCCUUCCUUCGGAAAACUUCAGAGAACUUCAACAGCAGAACGUUUGUUUGCGGUGGGGGGAGGGGGGCACACAGAUGCGUUGCAAAGGUAGGUUGGAGGGACCUCUCUCACCAGUAUCAGAAGAAAUUGUAAAAUAAAAUUUAAAAAUCCUGUUUCUUAUUUAACAGUACGUUUGUGUGUCUCUCAAGAAUCCCUUUGGAAGGGAUGGUGUGUAAUAUACUGUAUAUUUGAAAUUUUAUUAUCAUUUAUAUUAUAGCUAUAUUUGUUAAAUAAAUUAAU